UAUUGCUAUUGUCCCAUCACUAAUCGCACGAGGUGCUCGAACAAAAAAUACAAGUCAACCAAAAUUUUAAUAAAUUAACUUAAAUAUCAGUCCCAAAAUGACGGAAACUGAGGAAAUUAACGGUACUGAGGUGGAGGACGACGAGCAGGACUCGAAACAAAAGAAGUCCGAUGCCAAGCGACACGAUGAUGGAGCCGCAGAUUUGGAGCGUGUUACGGAUUAUGCCGAGGAAAAGGAAAUCUCUGCAGCCAACAUAUCCAGCGCUGUGGAACAGUUUGGCAAUCAGCUCAACAGGGAAAACGAACUGCGAGUGGCCAAGGAACAGGAACUCCAGAAGGUGCAAGUAAAGAAGGAGGAUAUCGAACUAAUUAUGAACGAGCUGCUUGUUAGCAGGUCGCAGGCCGAGAAGGUGCUCCGCGAACAAAGCGGCGACGUGGUGGCCGCCCUGGAGGCCAUCAUUAGCAACUGAGGUGCUCUGGAAAAGCAUAACUCUGACAUUAUUUGUACAUUUAUAAACGCUAGCGAAGAAAACAAGAAAAGAAAACACUCAAGCCCCAAAAAAAAACUGAAGAAAAAGACUUAUUUGUUGGUGUAAAGAGAUAACUUGCAAUUUUUAUUCAAGAGUACCGCCAGUGGCCCAUCAUCAGCUAUUAUCCAUCAUCCGUUCGUUGACAAUUUGACUAUCAAUAAUUAUGUGAUCAAUAUGCGUACCAUUCUUGUUACAAUUCAUGUUUCUAAAUGAUAAAAACAAUAGUACUUCUUCGCCUCAGCAGUCUCCCAACUUAUACUCGUAAA